AUAUACGUUUAUAAUCUCUAUAAUACUACAAAGUAAAGCGCCAACUAGAUAUCCUGUUUGUAUAUAUCAACUUGCCCAUUUUUAUUCAUGUUUUUUUGUAAUAAUUUACAUGUAUACAUACACAUGAAUUCUGUCAAGCUAGCAGCUAGGAAAUGAUCGAUGGAGUUGAAAUCUUCCAUUAACGAAACAUGGAAGGUUUUCUCGCUCGGUACGGUACUCGGGUGCUUCAUCCUACUCCUCUUCCUAGAUAAAAAUCACCAAAACACAAGUUUUUUAACUGCUAGGAAUGCCAUGCUACAAUACACCCCUUUUAAGUUGUUGGAUCCCACGGAGGAUAUAAAAAAGUUUAAUGUAGUCGAUGAACAUGUCAAGAAAUACGAAGUUAUAUUGGUAAACAAAACGAAAAGCAAUUCGUGUAAUAUGUUUGAUGGUAGAUGGAUAUACAAGCCGGAUGUGGUUCCUAGCUACGACUCAAUCUCGUGUCCCUUCAUGGAGGAGAAGAUGAGCUGUAAGAAUAAUGGGAGACUCGAUUUUCAAUAUGAGAAGUUGAGUUGGGAAGCUAGAGAUUGUGAUAUACCCUUGUUUAAUGGAAUAGACAUGAUGGAAAGGCUUAAAAACAAGAGAGUGAUCAUAGUUGGGGAUUCACUUAAUAGAAACAUGUGGGAGUCACUUGCUUGCCUUCUAUAUACUUCAAUUUCUCCCUCUAGAGUUGAGGUCGAUGCUGAUAGAACAAUCUACAAGAUCUUUAAAGCAAAGGAUUAUAACUUUACGCUGGAGUUCCAUUGGAGUCCGUUUCUAAUUGAUUACGAUAGAAAUCAUAAAAGUGGAAAGAAAGUUCUUGUGUUGGACAAGCUAUCACCCAAUUCAAAGGAUUGGCGAGGGGCAGACAUUAUGGUAUUCAACUCCGGGCAUUGGUGGAAUCACGCUGGCAAAGUUAAAUCGUGGGAUUUGUUCCAAUACGGGGAAGAAUUGACAGAGGAAAUGCCAAUAGAGGUAGCAUAUAAACGAGCAAUGAAAACAUGGGCGAAAUGGAUCAAGAAAAACGUCGAUCCUAAGAAAACAACCGUCUUCUUUAGAAGCAUUUCGGCCGAGCACAAAAUGCGUCAAUAUAAUGAAUGGUGCUACAAUGUCACACAAAUCAUGCCGGAAGAAUCAUAUGUAUCGGUCUACCCAAAGUCGUUGCUCAACACUAUUGAGAGCCUAAUCGCGAAAAUGAGCAAACCUCAAGUAAACUACUUAAAUAUAACCAAGCUUUCCGAGUAUAGAAUUGAUGCACAUCCAUCAGUUUUUCGUAGUAAAGACUGGAAGAAUAUUGUGGCCAAAGAUUAUGACAACAAAAUAUCGAAUUACGCUGAUUGUAGUCAUUGGUGCCUCCCCGGAGUGCCAGAUACUUGGAAUAGGUUGUUGUAUGCUUCUAUUAUCUCGGAACGUGUAAAUUUGCCAAGUUCUUAAAACUUAGUUCCUCGAGUUAUAGGUUUUUAUCUUUUAUUUUUGUCGUGAGAUAAUAUGUCUAGGAUUAUAUUUCAUUUAUAUGUUAUUCUUGUUAAUCAAAGAUAAAUGAGAAUAUUGAUGAUGUGCACAA